CGGCAUCAAGUGGGGCAGGCGCGGGUGGAGGAGGUGGGAGCGGCAGGUGGCGAGGGGGUGCCCCGGCGAGCCGCGGGCCGGGCCGCUGGACCCCCUGCGUCGGGGCGUGACCGUCUUCCCCAAAGGCCAAGUCCAGUUUCCAUCCUUUUCCAGAAGUCAUCACCAUGACGCUGACCAAAGGCUCCUUCACCUACUCCAGUGGGGAGGAGUACCGGGGCGAAUGGAAGGAGGGCCGCCGGCAUGGUUUUGGCCAGCUGAUGUUUGCAGAUGGCGGCACCUACCUGGGUCACUUUGAGAACGGGCUGUUUAAUGGCUUCGGGGUUCUGACCUUCUCGGACGGCUCCAGGUAUGAGGGCGAGUUCGCCCAGGGCAAGUUUAAUGGCGUGGGAGUCUUCAUUCGGCAUGACAACAUGACCUAUGAGGGGGAGUUUAAAAAUGGCAGAGUGGACGGUUUGGGCCUGCUGACCUUCCCCGAUGGCUCCCAUGGCAUCCCCCGCAACGAAGGUCUGUUUGAGAACAACAAGCUCCUGCGGAGGGAGAAGUGCUCGGCGGUGGUGCAGAGAGCCCAGAGUGCCUCCAAGUCGGCCCGGAACCUCACUGCCUGACCAGCGCAGCGGGGACACGUAACCCUGCUGGGCCGAGAGGCCAGAAUGGCCUGGAGCAGACGCUCUGGGUGUGCCCAGCAUCUGCCAACGGCCAGUUUGAUCCCGGAGGAGUCCUGAGGGUCCUGGCCCCUGGGCCCUGCACCCGUGGUCCCCAGCUCUGUCUUCUCCUGUCCCUGCUCCUCACUGCGGGGGUGACCCACCACCGAACUGUCCUCAUACUCUACUUUUUCUUCUGUGCUCAUGCAGAAGCUCUUUCUUCUGCCAUUCCGAGGGGCAGAGGACACCAAGCCCAGCUUGGGGCCAAGGCUUCGGGCGACCCCGGAGAAGGAAGAAAGGAAAGGAUGGGGGGCUCCAACAGCCCAGCAGUCCUGUGUUGGUCAGACCAGAGCUGUCCUCCAUGGCCUCAGUAUUCACUGCUGCUUCCAGCCCUUCUA